AUGGCCUUCAAUACAACUACAUUAGAAAUGGUCAUCGACAUCACCAUUGUUCUCUUGGGCACCAUUGGGAACUCAGUGGUCAUCUGGGUGGCCGGCAUUCGUAUGAAACCCAAUGUCACCAACGUAUGGCUGGUCAACCUCGCUGUGGCUGACCUGAUCUUCUGCGUGACACGACUGACCUCGCUUGUCAGUUUAUUUGUUCACCACUGGCCCUUUGGAGUCUUCAUCUGUAAAUUUAUGAACUUUUUCAAGUAUACCAACAUGUUCUGCUGUGUUUUUCUUCUGGCUGUCAUCAGUGUGGAUCGAGUGAUCUGCGUGUGGUGCCCAGUGUUCGCCAGGAUUAAACGGACGUUAUGUGUUGCUCGUGUGAUCAGUUUGGGGGUUUGGAUUGUGGCGUUGAUCUUCAGUUCACCAAACUUUGUUUACUGGGGGAUCAACAUUGAUAAGAAGAACUUGACCCAUUGCUCACUGAAGAAAGGAGCAGAUAAAGGAAAUGUUUUCUACUACAUUCGCUUCUUUUAUGGAUUUUUGUUUCCUUUCCUGGUGAUCUUUAUCUGCUACACAUUGGCUGCUGUCGGGAUUCGCAGAACGAGACUCUCCGGCAAAUCAAGGCCUCUCCAGAUUCUUGCUUCAAUGACCUUCAAUACAACUCUUCAGGUCCACCAAUACUCCAACUCCAAAACUACAUUGGACAUCGUCUUCUAUACCAUCGUUGUUCUCUUAGGCACCACUGGAAACUUUGUGGUCAUCUGGGUGGCCGGCGUCCGUAUGAAACCCAAUAUCACCAAUGUAUGGCUGGUCAACCUCGCUGUGGCUGACCUGAUCUUCUGCUUUACCCGACUGACCUCGCUUAUCAGUUUAUUUAUUCACCACUGGCCAUUUGGAGACUUUAUCUGUAAGUUUAUGAGCUUUUUCAAGUAUACCAACAUGUUCUGCAGUGUUUUUCUUCUGGCUGUCAUCAGUGUGGAUCGAGCGCUCUGCGUGUGGUGUCCAGUGAUCACCAGGAGGAAACAGACGUUACGUGCCGCACGUGUGGUCACCUUGGUGGUUUGGAUUGUGGCGUUGAUCUUCAGUUCACCAUACUUUGUGUACCAGGGGGUUUCCCUUACCAAGUUCAACCUGAGCCGCUGCUCAAUGAAGGUCAGAACAGCUUUUCAAAACUGCCUGAAUGAAAAAGAAACGGAUGGAGGGCAUUCAGCAAAGUAUGCUUACUACUACAUUCGCUUCUUUUGUGGAUUUGUGUUUCCUUUCCUUGUGAUCUUUAUCUGCUACACACUGGCUGCUGUUGGGAUUCGCAGAACGAGACUCUCCGGCAAAUCGAGGUCUCUCCGGAUUCUUGCUUUAUUGGUUUUUGCCUUUUUCUGUUGCUGGGCACCUUAUCACAUCCUAGGUCUUGUUAAACUGGCAAAUAAAAAUCAUCCAGUUGUAAAAAUGGGAUGGAAUAUGGCUUCAAACUUAGCUUAUUUUAACAGCUGUGUGAACCCAAUGUUGUACUUCUGCACGGGACUGAAUCUCAGACGAUGCUGCAAUCAGAGCCUGUUGGGGAUUUUUCACAGAGCUCUUACUGAGGAAGUCCAAACUAUGUCAUUGAAUGGCUCUAUGAAGGAACGUUCUGGCAGUGUUUCGAAGCCUGCUGGUACAUUUCACCAAACACCUGUUUGA